AUGGCAUCCCCCUGGCUAAAUCAGGUGGACGGUGGUACUGAUGAUGACCAAGACUGGAAAGAUUUAAAGAGACAAGAACUGGGUAAAGCAAAAUUCAUCAGGAAUGAGCUCAGGGUAGUGAAAACCAAAGAUCCACAGCUCCCCAAAAUGAGAAGGAAAAGAAGAAAAGCCUAUAAGAAAUGGAAAAUGCUGACUACUGCAAGAUGUGCCUCUCAGCCAUCUGGUCAAGUAUGCCAAAAAAUUAUGAAAGAUCUUGAAAAGGAAGUCGAGGGAGCCGCUUCAGAGGCUGUGUUUCAUCAGGCUGGGGCUUCAGGGAAAUCUGAGGGAAAUGGAGAUGAGCAGACAUCUGUGUCUAUAAAUAGAAAGCAGAAUUCCUCUUCUCUCUCUGAAGAUGAGAAACAGCCUCCAUCUGACAGAAAAAUACACCAGAAGGCAAAAAGUAAUGACCCUCCUUCAGCUGUCACUCAGCAGCCAGAGAAAGGCUUACCAGUGGUCAUGUUUAAUGACUAUGAAAAAGCAUUAGCAGGAAACAUUACAAUGCAGGGUUUCCCAAGCACAGGAGAGGACUUUAAAGCAACAAGAGGAAAGUUUCUUGCAGAAGUCAAAUUUGGGGCUUUCACUAUACAAGUAGACACGAGGAAAAGCAUUUUCUGCAAAACAGGAGCACAAGUCGCUACCAAAAAGAGAUGUCCGACAUGUCACCAGCAGUUUUCUAUCCAGCAGAUUAGGAGAAGUGCCACAUCGAGGAGCUACUUCCCUAAAUACAAUAAUAUAUUGGCAGAAGAUCCCAAGCACAAGAUGUCAUCUACCAGCACAGGAGAAACUACUAGAACCGAGAAUCCCUCCCUGAAUGUCCAUAUUGUAGGAAAAGGAAUUAGAGUUGAAUAUGCAAGUGAGAAACAGAACAUAAGCAUUAACAUAAUUCAUCCUAAAAGAAGGGGGAAAGUAAUCAAACAUAGAGGUCUUUCCUCCAGUCAUGCCAUCGAAGAACCCAUAGGAUCUCCUUCACAGUCCCACAUCAGAACUAGAAGGUGCUGGAGUGAAAACAAGUACCAGACUUCAGACAUUUUGCAUGAUUCUUCUCCUGUGGAUGCCCACCGGGAGAAUCUGGGCACAGCUAUCUCCAAGAAAAUUAGUCCCAACAUACCACCCUCAGCUUCAGAUAAUUCUAUGACAGGCACCGUUCCUUUGCAAGAUGGUUCAGACUGUGUCAUGUGUUCUUUGUUUUCUCCAAACCCACAGCUCACCAGAGAAAAGGCAGCCAAUAUCCAAGACCAAGGCCGAAAUCCUCGGCCUGCAGAAGACGGUGACAAUGCAAAUAUUCGAUCUGUUCCUGCCAGCCAAAGUGCUCUGAGGUCAUCUCCCUCCCUUAGUCCAUCCCACUGGGCCACCACACAUUUAGAGCCUGUGGAGACUCCUGCAAAUGCAUUGUCCUUUAAUCACUGUACAAAGUUUGAGUUAGACCAGGAGACGGUGCACACAACUGAUAGAGACAUUGACAAGGUUGUUUUACACAGUGACUCUUGUGCAAACUCACAGCCACUCCUGGAAAGGAAUAGCAUGCAGAGUCCAGCUCUUGGGCUUGCACCCUGCAGCAAUCCACUCCACAGCAUUAACCAUAGCUCCACGGAGUGGGACCAAACAGAGGACUGGGAGACCCAUGCAGAGAUAGCAGUUUUCAACAGAACAAACGUGCCAUUCAUGGCCUCAAUACCCGAUGAGUUUCAGCAAAGAGUUAUUACUGAAAACGAUAAAGGAGGAGACACAGUUGAUUCCCAUUGUGCCAUGGGAGUGAGAAACCCUGAAGAGUUGCCUCCACCUCUGGAAAAGGUUGAGGAUGGAAAAUGCCAGGUAAUUCCAGUGGUAAAGCAAAAAUGCCACAGAGAUGGGGAAGCCCUAACUGGUGGGAAUCACAAUGAAGUCUGUUUCGGAACAGACUUCCCACUGCAUGCCUCCGAGUCCGGCUGUGCAGGAUGUGCAGCGGAAACAUUAUUGCUUAUUGAGAGAACUCAAACCAAUGAUGCAGACCUGCAUCAUAACCACUGUGAAACAAGACUAGCUGCUUUUCAACAGGAGCCAGCCCAGUGCCAAAAGACUGCGUCAACAAGAGUACACUGUGAAGAUGAGGGCCAGAGUGACUCAAAGGAAACGACCCAUCCCCCUGAAGAUGUGUUGCUGUCACCUCAGAUGCAGAAGGCUUCGAAAGAUCAGAACUUUGAAAUCAACAGCCUCAGAAAGCUUUCUCAGGAUUCAUCUCUGAGAGUUGGAAGAGCUAGCGAUGGUUCCCAGGAAGAAGCAGUGGACCAGUGGGCCCGGCGAAGGCAGCAGUUCAAAGACCGCAAGAGAUGCAGUUCAGCAGGGGGCAGUUCAUUUGCAAGCAACGUCACUGAAGGCUCCAUCACCUCAGAUGACACUGGUUCUAUGGAUCUUGCCUUUCGAGUUGAUAUUGGAGAAAAAGGAUUCUACACAGAGAAUUUCCAUUCAGCAGCAUGGGUUUUCCGAGGGGAUGAUGGAAAUCCUGAAGAUAGUCCCAGAUGCCUUAGUAAAAAACCAGGACCUGUAGCUGUACGUGAGCGAACUGUGAGACUCUUUAAAGGAACUGGAGAUUAUCCAUGGGGAUUCCGAAUUCAGUUUUCCAAACCGAUCAUGGUAACUGAAGUGGAUACAAACAGUGCAGCCGAGGAAGCCGGACUACAGAUUGGAGAUGUGGUGCUGUCUGUCAAUGGCACCGAGGUCACCAGUGUGGAGCAUGCAGAAGCUGUGCACCUUGCAAGGAAAGGUCCCGACAUCUUGACUCUGGUGGUAGGAUCUGACAUCAGCCGCUGUCCCAACACCCCGUGGCCCACGUGCCGUGGCUACCUGCACAAGAGGAGCCAGUCUGGCUUUCUGAAGGGCUGGAGGAAGAGGUGGUUUGUGUUGAAGUAUGAUGGCUACCUCCAAUAUUACAAACAUAAAAAGGAUGAAGGAAAGUGCCCUCCAUUGGAGGUCAUAAAACUACAAGCUGCAGAGAUCGACGUUGACAACAGCUUGGGAAAACCCUUUGUGUUUCACUGCGUACCUCAGUCUGGAGAUAGAAGCUUUUGCCUCUGUGCAACUUCAAACCAAGAAAUGAAAAGGUGGCUCGAGGCGAUGCACAGGGCAGCCCAUCCUACCCACCAGAACCAUGUCUGGGAAGAUGUCACCCUGCACAACAGCAGCCUCCCCCCUCUGGCUAUCAAAAAUCCAGAGUGCCUAGGCCUCCUGCACCAGCUGGAGAGAAGCACAGACACGUGGGUCCAACACUACUGCAUUCUGAAGGAUGGCUGCUUGUAUUUCUAUGCAAGUAUUCGUUCCACCCAGGCCUCUGGUGGCUUGUAUCUUCAAGGAUAUAGGGUGAGUGAACAGACCCACAAUUUCAAACAAUCAGUGAUUGAACUCAAACCUCCAUCAGAAGAGUUCAAGACUUUCUAUUUCUGUGCAGAAAAUACAACAGAAAACCAGCGCUGGAUCACAGCUUUGAAACUGUCCAUCAAAAAGUGGCUUCCCUUGGACCAGGCUAUUCAAGAGUUCAUGAACCGGCCACUAGAGGAGACAAGAAUGUAA